UCAAGGUGUAUUCAGAAAUGUUUAAACUUUAAAAAAAGUAUUCGUGGAGUCGAAUUACCUCUUGUUAUUAAUUUCAACAUCAUUAUCAAACAAUGACUAACCUAACAAAAUUGUUAUUGUGGACAUUGCUUGUGAUUAAUUAUCUAAUUCCAGAACCCCACUCAGGUGUAACAGUUUCCCCUCUUAGCAUUACUGUUCUUGAGGGUAACAAUGCUACAGCACGAUGUAUAUAUGACGGAGAUAACAGCUUACAGGGAGUGUCGUUUCAUCUCAAUCAGUCGACUAUUGCAAUUAUAUUUUUAUCUAAUUGUACAUUCAAUACUCUAGGAUUUGACAAUUACAUAACUGAUUGUGAAGGAAAUAAAACUGUAGUAAUAACUUUAGUUAAUGUGUCAAGGAAUGAACAUGGUAAAACACUAACCUGUACAGUUUUUGUUUACAAUUCAUCCCCGAUACGGUCAUCGAAUUUAACUUUACUGACUGUAAACGUUUCAGUGAAGAGCGUCACUUUACGAAAGCCUAGCCUGGAGAUUAUGCAGGAAAAUCAGAUUCAAUUGAUCACGUGCAACUCUUCGGGAGGCCGACCAAUUCCAAGAGUUAAAUGGCUAAUACGCAAUCCAACAGAAACUAUAAAAAUUAACUUGACACAAUUUUCAAGCAAUACAAUUAUACCCAGUGAUAAUGGACUUAAAGCUGUUGCGAGUUCUUUGAACUUCAAACCAAAUAGAACGAUAAAUGGAUGGCGUUUGUAUUGUGAAGUUUGGACUAGAACUUCGGAGGCUGACAUAACGAGCAAAGAGCUAGUUGUUAAUGUGUCGUAUCCCCCUGCAAAUCUUCCAGUAAUGCAAGGAAUUAAUACCAACAGCAUUGUGUCUGUAAUUGAAUUAGAUUCGGGUACAUUUAACUGUUCCAUAACCGGUGGAAAUCCACCUGCGUUUUUGAGAUGGGACUGUUUUGGCAGUACUAACGUUACAUAUGACAUCCAUGAAAACAGUCGUGUAACAAGUACAGUAAAUUGGAAGGCUAAUCGUAAUCAGAAUACAUGUUCGUGCACAUCGGAACACAUUAACAGCUGGAAAAGAAUUAUUAACGCUACAUUCAACGUGCAGUAUAUGGAAGAAAAUAACGACAAUCAAGUAACAUAUGAGAAACUAGCCGAUGAUCGAACAGACUUAAACCAGUACAGUCAGCUUCAUUCCAUGAAAGAGAAACAAGAUGGUGUAAUAACAGAUAUAAUACAGCUUACACCCACUCAGUUAUAUGCCAACGAAAAUUCCAGUGCUACACUCACAUGUUCAAGGACGGACGGACAAUCUGUUUCAGAAACAAUUUGGAAAAAUUCUCAGAUCGCUGGAGACGCAAAUCUAUAUAACUUUAAUAGACAAUGUAUAACAUCUCGGUUUCUAAAAGACAGUGAUUUAUUUGGUGGGCUGUGUAAUGGUGAUGGAACAUUUUCCGUGAUUCUAAAGAAAAUUGACCGUACUCAACAUGGAGCUGAAUGGACAUGUGAAGAACUUAUUUUAAAAUCAAAUAAAGUCGUUUUACAAGUAUCAGUUCCUGCCACAAGCGUUACUUUGAGUCAAUCAAAUGGGAAUUUCAUGAAAGAAAAUACAACAGAAAAAUUCAUUUGCAAAGCAUCAGCAUGUCGACCAGAACCACAAGUACAAUGGUAUCUCCGUAACAGUACGGGGCAUGUUAUGCAAACCCUUACACAAUCAUCAACCCACACAUACAUUAAUGGUGAAUAUGGUCUCAAAGCCGUUGAAAGUAUUCUACGAUUCAGUCCAAAUAGGACAAAUAACAACUUACGUCUGUAUUGUGAAGUGAGGACUCGAGCUGAUGAAGUUGAUAUAAGGAGCAGAGAAAUCAUUGUUAAUGUUACAUACCCCCCUGAUAAUUCACCAGUGAUACAAGAAUUUGAUACUAGCAAAAUUAUACAGGCCAUUGAGUCUGAUACAGGCACAUUUGUUUGCUCGAUUUCGGGGGGAAACCCACUAGCAUCAUUGAGCUGGAACUGUUUCGACAGUCAUGACUUAACAUCAAGUACCCAAGAUGGUAUCGUAACAAACACAGUUAAAUGGACGGCAUGGCGCAGUUAUAACACAUGCUCCUGUACGUCGAAUCACGUAUUAAGUAAAUGGAAAAGAACAACAAAUGUUACAGUUAAUGUACAAUUUCCUCCAAGCAAACCACAUUUAAAAAUUGGACAAACAGAUGUAUUUGGCGGUGUUCGUGUUAUAGAAAACAACACAUUGCGAGUUGCUUGCAACAGUGAAAGCAAUCCUUUAUCAAACUACACAUGGACUGGUCCUGGUUUUUCUGGCAAAGGCGACACGUUAGAAAUAACAAGCGUUAAACUAAGCAAUCAGGGGAAUUAUAAAUGCAUGGCGUCAAAUAGGAUGAUAAGGACGAAUGGUUCAUAUGAAGACGGGAGUAAUUCAUCAUCACUCAUUCUAACAAUAUUGUAUCCUCCAAGCAAUCCAAAAUUUAAAUUUGAAAACUCAAGCGGUCCGCUCAUUCAAUCAAACAUAUUUUACGUAGUGAGAAACGAUACGUUUUCACUUUAUUGCGAUGUAAAAGGGAAUCCUGUUCCUGACAUCAAAUGGGAUGAUAACAAAAGCAAUCCGAGUUUGAGUAUAUCUAACAUCAAUUUGGACAUAAAUAGUACAUGCAGAGCAACAAACUUGAUGAAAGAAACUGCAAGUCAAAAAGAAAUAAUUUCAAAGUCGGAAGCAUCAUUUUCAAUUAUUGUCUUUUAUCCUCCACGGGUCCCUACAAUACACGUUGCAAAUUAUAAUGGCGACAGCGUUCAGGUUACAAAUGGAAACGUCAGUGUUAUUGAAUCAGAAACAAUCAAUGUGACAUGUUUUUCGACAAGUAAACCAACGCCUACAUACGAAUGGAUACAUGAGCAAUAUAUGAAAACACAGUCGACAAACGUUUUGAAAUUCUUCAAUAUCAGUCGACACGAAAGUGGAACAUAUGCUUGCAACGUUGAAAAUAAUAUGAAGAGAUCAAUUGGCAAAACGCAAGUAGGGGAAAAUAAAUCACAAAUAAAAUUGAACAUAUUAUGUAAGUAAGAAAUUUUACACUCUUAUUAAUUAAUAAGAGGAUACCGGAAUGUCUGGAUAUAUAAUCUGGAAGACGUUCUAAAUUGAAAUUACUAAUAAGUCUAUUGAUACUGAACUUAAUAACAUAUAUCAUCGCCCACAAGUGAUCUUUCUACUUU